GGUCAAGCUGCCUUGAACACGUCAGCGGUCUGUGAUGACGAUCAUGACGACCUCCUCUAACGGAAGUUUACGGUUGCCUAGCAACGUUAUUGCGCUGGUCCGUGACAGUGCUGCGGUGUUGAACCACUUGUUCGUCGUCACAGGUCCAAUGGAGAGCGCCGGAGUUGAGGGAGGCUCCAACCAAGAUGACAGCAAGCUGCAGGCAGAGGACUGUGGAGCGACCGUCCCACCUGCUGUAGAGUACGGCUCACAGGAUCAGUCAGGGCCCCAGCCCGAUGACCCGACCCCCCAGCUUCACCCUGACCACAGUGGUGUGGAUGAAUAUUCUCCUGCAGACACAAAUUCAGUGGAACCAAAUGUUGCUCAGAUGCCACUGAUACCUCACUUCACAAAUCUUAACAGAUCAGAAGGCAUGGAGGAUCAGGACCCAUUGCCAGAGGGCGAGGAGGAUGAGGAAUUCAUUGUUCUCGACUCUGAACAUCCUCUGGUCAAAAGGCAACAAGCAGCUCUGAGCAGCCAGCUCAGCAAGCAGCUGGAGAGGAUCAACCUGGGGCUGAAGGAAAAGCUGGCAACGGAGAAGCAAGAUGCCGACCACAUACUGGAGAUAGGUGUUGAGAUGUUCAGGAUUCAGGAGCAGCUGGCCAGGCUCCAGACCAGGCUGGAGGACCGUCAUCAUACCAAGACACAGGCUGAAGCCAAACAUCAGCAGGCACAGGAUCAGCUGGCAGCAAUGAGGAACAAGUGGUCCAGUAUUACCAGCCAGAACAGCAAAGCCAAAGCCAAUGCGUCCCAGCUACAGGCAGAGCUGGACAACCUGAUGCUGCAUGUCGUCUUUAUACAAGGAGUCAGUGAAGAUCUGCACUCUAAUGUCAAAGCCAUUAAGAAUGCCAGACGUAAAGCGGGAGCUGAAAAGAGCCAGGCUGAAGACCAGAAGCUGAAGCAGGAUUUGUAUGUGGAGCGCCUAACAAAGGACAUGGAGGGUCUGACGCAGCAGAUAGCGAUGUAUGAGGCGCAAGCCAGUGCUCAAGCAGAGGAGACGCAGGCCGCCAAAGAGGCUCUCUCUGAGGCUGAGAUGGAAAUGGAGUCUCUAGUGAUGGCACGUCGGCAGCUGAUGCACCAGUGGAACAGUAGCUUGGUGGGCAUGAGGAGACGAGAUGAGGCCUUCAGCGCGAUGCAAGAGGCCGUGCGCAAUGUCGAGCACCAGGUGAUCUUGCUUGACAAAGAGAUUGAAGGCUACAAGAAAUCCAUCACUGAAGAGCAGGAGCAGAAUGAGACACUAACUAUGCAGCUGAACUGGUCCCAGAUGGACUGUGCCACCUCCAAAAAGCUGAUCAGUCAGAAGCAGGCCCAGCAAGAGGCUCUGCAGGCCCACUACAGCACCUGCCUCCGCACUCUGAGGGAAACGGAGCGCACCCUCGCUAGGCUCUCUAAGGAAACCAGCACCCACCAGGCUGAAGUGAAUGAUCAGAGGAGGGAGUUGGAGAAACAGAGUGCUGUGCGUCUGGAGUUGGAGGACAAGAUCAUGACCCACAUGCAGCAGAAACUCAUCCACAACAAAGCUGCCAAGUACUCCCAGCGUCUCACCAGCAAGAUAGCCACACUCAAAAAGGAGAAGAUCUCUCAAUUGUGGCAGCUGGAGAACGAUGUAUUGGUGGUUGGACUGGAGAGCAGCAAAGUCGGCCAACAUCUGGACAGCCUGGCUGUCACCCAGGAGGCCCUAGAUGAGGAGAUUGCAAAGUACAACAAGUUACUGACAGCCAACCAGACUAAGAUUUCGUCCUUUGUUUUAUUAAUCGGUCAGAAGCAGGCCACCAUCGCCAACUAUAACAAAAAGAUCUUUCAAAUCGCAGCCAGCACUGGGCAUGAGGACCUCAGUCCCCUGCAUAUCAAGGUAGAGGAACUAAUGGCUGAGAUUGAGGAGCUGGCAUCAAAUAUCAAGAGUGACCAGCAGCUCUGGAUGCAGCGACAGGGGACUCUGCUAGGACUGACCCAGGAGAUAGAAGCCAACAGCAAGAACAUGCUCAAACUGCAGACAGAGUACACUGGCAUUCGACAGAAGAAAAUACGCUUGGAGAGUCAGAUUGAAGUAGAGCACCGUGAGGAGCUGGAGCUGGAGAAGAAUGCAAAGAUACUGAGAGGAGACCUGCAGAAGCUUAACACCCUGCUGAGCAAGAACGGACAGCUCAGCCUGGUGCUAGAGCAACAGAACGCACUGAUGGAGACAGGCUUCCUUCACCGACUCAAGGAGGCAGAGCGGGAGUCUAUCGAGAUGCAGAUCAAACAGGAGAAGACCCAGGAGGAAAAAGAGAGACUCCUCAACAGUCUGGUGGAGGCUGAGCGCCAGAUUAUGCUGUGGGAGAAGAAGACCCAGCUCGUAAAAGAGACUCGUUUGGCUGUGGACUCGGAGGUGGGUCAGGGAGACAUCCAGAUGAUGAAGGCUGAGAUACACCGUAUGGAGGUGCGACUCAACCAGCUAAUGAAACAACAGGAGCGGCUGCUAAGGGAGAGUGAAGCAACAGUGGCAAGGAGGGAGACCAUCGUCUUACGCAGGGAGGCCAUGGUCCACGGCUCCCACAAACAGGCUACAAAGGGCGAGCUGAACCGCAUCACACAGGGCCUGCAGCGCAAGAUCCAGGACACACACAAGCAUGUGGCAGAGUGUGAACAGGUGAUCAGGGAGCUGCAGAAGAGCCAGGUGAGUCUGAGCGACAGGCUUGCGCAGAAGAAGCAGCAGGUGAUAGAACUCUGCGGCACCAGCCACGUCCUUGACCCUGACUUUGUAAAUCUCCAGGACACCAAAGACAGGAACCUAGCUCACCUAGUGUCUCUACAGAGCCGGACCAAGAAGCUGCAGGGGGUGUGUGGGGGCAGCUACCAAGCCUUGUCCACAAGCAAAUCCAUCGGAGCCGCUUUGCAGAGCCAGAUGGAGCGUGUGCACACUGCCAGCACCAUACUGCACCGCGUGUGUGAGGAGUUCCCCCAGCACCAGGGGGCUCUCCGCAGGCUGUCGCUAGCACUGGCAGCACGCUCACAGGCCCUGGAGCCGGAGAUGUCCUGAGGGGAGGAUAGAGACAUGUCAGUGAGUACAGGAGGCGGAGCACAGAGGAGUAAAAAUGAGUUGAAGAUAAGAGGGAAAGAUUAGAUAAGUGCAUUCUUUUAUGCUGUGAAUCAAAUGCUUAUUGUGAAACAAUGUAAUCUAAUAAAAGCUUAUGAAACAUUAA